AUUUUUGUAACUGGCCAGACGAACCAUUUGAAGAAAUGGAUAGCACCUUGGCUGUACAACAGUUCAUCCAACAGACGAUAAGGAAAGAUCCUUCAAAUGUUGAUGAAAUUCUUACUCCUCCAGAGGGACAAGAUGAAGGUGUUUGGAAAUAUGAACAUUUGAGACAAUUCUGUUUGGAAUUAAAUGGAUUAGCUGUGAAGUUGCAGAAUGAGUGCAACCCUGAAACCUGUACACAGAUGACAGCUACAGAACAGUGGAUUUUUCUUUGUGCUGCUCACAAAACUCCUAAAGAGUGUCCCGCUAUUGAUUACACUAGACACACAUUAGACGGUGCUGCUUGUUUAUUAAAUAGUAAUAAAUACUUCCCUAGUAGGGUCAGCAUUAAAGAAUCAUCAGUGGCCAAGUUAGGAUCAGUGUGUCGACGAGUGUACAGGAUCUUUUCCCAUGCUUAUUUCCAUCAUAGAGCAAUUUUUGAUGAGUUUGAAAAUGACACCUUCCUUUGCCGGCGUUUCACGGUUUUUGUCACCAAGUAUAACUUAAUGCCUAAGGACAAUCUCAUUGUUCCAAUAUUAGGGGAUGAAACCAGCAUGAAUGAAAGUGAAGCAUGAAGAUUUUCAGCAUCAAACUUGUUAUUCUGUAUUUACUAAGCAUCUUAAUAUUAGUAUUGUUAUUUAAUGUUCCCACUACUUGUGCUUGUAAGAUGUGUUGUGUAUCUUUAACCUUUAUAUAUAAUGUCAGAUCUGUAAAAUUUUCUUGUAUUAUAAUCAAUCAUCUUGUUUAUUAGUAGAUAAAAAUGGACAUUUACUCUACCUGUCAACAGGGAAAUGUGUUUUCCUGUCUGGACUCACACAACACCAAUUGGAUUUUAGUGUGAAAAUAAAUUGUUCUGUUAUCACAGUGUAUGUUUUUGUGAAGUAAGUUUUAUUUGAUUGGGAGCUGUUGAUAACAGGUUGUUGUUAACAAAGUAUCAUGCAUGUUUAUUAAUGGAAACUAAGACAGUUUAUAUCAACUGUUGAUAGUUCAAUAAAGGUAUAAGUCUCUUACAAGUAUAAGUUUAACAUACUGUAUAUGUACAUACUUCUAAAAGAUUAGUGAAAGUAGCAUUUGGUAUCUAUUCUAAAAAAUUGUAUUUUAAAACCUAAAUGUCUUGGGACAAAACUGUUGGAUCUGAAUAUGCAAUCAAGUAGGUUAUUUCUUGUCUUUUAAUAUAUUUAUUUUAAUCAAGCAGGAAAAAAAUUGAAGAUUUUCAUCUCUAUAAAUAUCAUACUUUUUUUUAAAAAAGCCAACCAUUUACUUCAUAGAAAGAAACACACAAUUGUAAAUAACUCAAUCAGUUGAAAAUAAAAACCAUAUUUCAGCUAUAUUAGGUUGUGGUAGAAAUACACGAUGGUAAAUAACUCAAUCAGUUGAAAAUAAAAACCAUAUUUCAGCUAUAUUAGGUUGUGGUAGAAAAAUGGUAAAUGGUAAAUAACUCAAUCAGUUGAAAAUAAAAACCAUAUUUCAGAUAUA